AUGGCUAGAAAAAUACCAUGUCAAUACUGUAAACAGAGACGACGAAAAUGCGAACGAUUUUACGAGCAUGAUUCUUGUGAACGCUGUGUCAAGAUGAAGAAGAAGUGUAUACCUCAAGACCUUCAGUACAAAGGGGAGAGCUCUGCUGAAGAAUACGACGAUGGCGAUGUGGAGAAUCAGACCAGCAAUGUUGAAUUGGAUCAACUGUAUGGACAAAUAAGGGAUUUGGAGAAGCAGCUGCAAUCUCUGGAAUUGGAUCUACAGCAAGAAAAAGCGCUGAUAAAGAAGGAGCCUCGGUGGGAUAUUCGAUUUGUGAAUGGCGAACUACGGCUGGAGACAGAGAUUAGGAAUUUGGAAGAGUUGAUGAUGUAUGGACGAUCUGCUAUUCGCUAUCUAUCACCCUUUGGCAACACAUUUCAAACGAAAUCACUGAUCUUUGAACGCAAGAGCCUGAGCUUUGUCAAGACAGCCAUGCAGCUAGUGACAAUCGCCUACGAUAUAUCGAACCCAGACUCCGUAUCCUCACCGAAAGCCAUCUCCAGACGCUUCGCCAUAGGUGUGCCAGCCUUUUUGAAGCCACAAUCGCUGGUGCGACGGCUGAUAUACAACUACUUUUCCUGCUUCAAUGACACAGUGCCUAUUUUGCAUGAGCCUACCUUUAUGAAUCAUGUGUGGAGUCUUGAUAACCCAAUGGAGGAUCCAGUAGUAUUGGCCGUAUGUACCAGCGCAGCCAUAGUGACCUGCAAGCACAACUUUUUGAAUUCAUUCGAGAAGCGGUACUUUAGCGAGUACUUUUACGAGCAGUCCAUCAACAAGCUGGUGGACAUGUUUGACGAUCCAGACAAGGCACUUGAAUCUGUGCUGAUAAUCAACUUGAUGCUGCCCUUUAUGAUGCAAACAUUGCGGGUGUCGGAAGCGCAUAAAUGGGUGUCCAUGGCCCUGUUACUAUGCAAGAAUCUCCAGACAGAGAAUCCAGGCUGCACUAAAGGAGGGCCAGGCUUACCACGGAUGACUCGAAUCAAGUAUGCGCUUAUUCAUCGAAACAGCGUGCUCUGCGAAUGUGCCAUGGCCAUGAUUGAUUUUGUAAAAUGCGACAAGCGCAACGAGAUUGAGCCCAACAAUGUGCAGUUUGACAUUCUACCCGACGAGACAAGAAAGACCAAGAAUAUAAUUAAAAUGUUCAAUCAGAUACUCGGUCUAUCCUUGCACCCUUCGUUCAUCGCAGUAGUGACACAAGCCAGACAGUUGGCAGCAGGUGAUGUCGCAGAACUCAGUUUUGAGGAGAUCAUUCGCUAUGAAGAAACAGUGGUUGAGUGGUGGCACAAUCUACCAGAGGAACUCAAGAUGUGCACAGAGCCGUUCAAUCUCACUAAAGAAGCCGUUGAAAGAGAAACCGAUGUACGUAAAAUUCUGAUGGCUUCCUAUGUACAUACAAUUACACUCAGCAUACAAGGUUGUCUGAUACGACCGAAACCUCAACGCAACGUUGAAAAUGUAUACAACAUCAUCAAGGACAGAGCUCUUUAUUUGGCCAUGCAUUCAGCAGACAUGAGCUUGUUGCUUAUGAAGCAAAUAGAGAAGAUUGACUCUUUUUGUUACUCUCCCUCUAAGCUGCUUGUGCGGUCCAUUGACUCGCUUAUGGGCUUACUCCAAGUACCUGACGACGCCAUGGCAAAGAUGGCUCAACAAAAACUGUCCGAAUACAUGCAUGCUCUGACCAAGCAAGUUCUGCCCGAUCACCAAGUACCACCAUCAGCAUCACCCUAUGGCAUGAUUACGGUUGCACCGAAAGGAUCGAUACCGCCAGUGACAGAAUUGUACAAGAACUUUCCAUUACCGGGCGAAGCCUUGGUAUUUGAUGUCGUGCGAACUACAGUAGAAAGAAACGCAAAGCUUUUAGCAUCAGACAUUUGA